CAACCCAAGAGGUUCCCAAGUUCCCCAAUGGCUUCCAAUGGAAAAACCCUUCAUCAAACCCAAAUGGUUCUGAUACCUUUCCCUGCACAAGGCCAUCUAAAUCAGCUUCUGCACCUCUCACGCCAUAUUUUAUCACACAACAUCCCAGUUCAUUAUGUUGGCACUGCCACACACAUUCGUCAGGCCACAGUUCGAGACCACAACUCCAUUUCUAACAUUCAUUUCCAUCACUUUGAAGUUCCACCCUUUGUAUCCCCUCCUCCCAACCCCAACAAUCCAGAAACUGAUUUCCCAUGUCAUCUACUUCCUUCCUUUGAGGCCUCUUCGCAUCUUCGCGAGCCUGUGAGGAACCUUCUUCAGUCCCUGUCGUCACAAGCCAAAAGGGUCAUUGUCAUCCAUGACUCAUUAAUGGCAUCAGUGGCACAAGAUGCCACAAACAUGCCAAAUGUUGAGAAUUACACUUUUCACAGCACAUGUGCCUUUACCACCUUCGUUUAUUAUUGGGAGGUAAUGGGAAGGCCCUCGGUUGAAGGCUUCCAAGUCUCAGAAAUCCCUUCUCUGGAAGGAUGCUUCCCACCCCAGUUCAUUGAUUUCAUUACUGCACAAUACGAAUUCCAUCAAUUCAACGAUGGCAACAUUUACAACACAAGCAGGGCCAUUGAAGGUCCUUACAUUGAGUUUCUGGAGCGCAUUGGUGGAAGCAAGAAGAUUUGUGCAUUGGGGCCAUUCAACCCUUUAGCCAUUGAGAAGAAGGAUUCAAAAACAAGGCACACAUGCUUGGAGUGGCUUCAUAAACAAGAGCCAAAUUCAGUCAUGUAUGUGUCUUUUGGGACCACAACAAGUUUGACAGUGGAACAAAUUGAAGAGAUUGCAACUGGGUUGGAACAAAGCAAGCAAAAGUUCAUCUGGGUGCUGAGAGAUGCUGAUAAAGGAGACAUCUUUGAUGGAAAUGGAACAAAAUGGUAUGAGCUUCCAAAUGGGUUUGAGGAAAGAGUUAAAGGCAUAGGGCUAAUUGUGAGAGAUUGGGCACCCCAAUUGGAGAUUCUGAGCCACACUUCAACAGGGGGGUUUAUGAGUCAUUGUGGAUGGAACUCUUGCUUAGAGAGCAUAACCAUGGGGGUGCCAAUAUUAGCAUGGCCUGUGCACUCUGAUCAGCCAAGAAACUCCGUUUUGAUCACAGAGGUGCUCAAGGUUGGGUUGGUUGUGAAGGAUUGGGCACAAAGGAAUGUGUUGGUUAGUGCUUCAGUUGUUGAGAAUGCCGUGAGAAGGUUGAUGAAAACAAAGGAAGGUGAUGAUAUGCGAGACAGAGCAGUGAGGCUUAAAAAUGCAAUUCACAGGUCCAAAGAUGAAGGUGGAGUUUCUCGCAUGGAAAUGAGUUCUUUCAUUGAUCACAUUAUCAAUUGAUAAUUAUGUGGUUCCUAGCUUGCUAGUUUUAGACGGCAGAAUUAACCGUUCAUGAAGUUAAUGCAAAAUAAGUUUGGAAGGAAAAUGCACACAUAUUUCAUUUUCUCGAGACAUUCUGGCAAAGUUUCUGGAAUGUACGCAGAGCCUUUUCUCAUAAUUCUUAUCUAUACAUUUCGGAACAAUCCUUCUUUGAUGUCAAUAAUUGU